AUGCCAGUCGAGGAGACCAUCAAGUUCAUUUUCUCAUCCCUUCCCCGUUUUAUCUAUCAACCGCGUGCGGUGAAGACGAUCUUACUGUCACCUGCAGCACUUUGCGUACUUGCUCUAGGGCUUCGUUGGCUAUAUUCCAAGGCCUCCACUACUCAUAUCACAGGCGAUCCUGGUAAAGUACGACGGCGCCUCAAAGACCGUGACAUCGACACAGAGUACGAUAUUGUCAUCGUUGGCGGAGGAACCGCCGGAUGUGUUCUCGCGUCGCGUCUCUCCGAAGAUCCGAGUAUCCGAGUGCUGCUCCUCGAAGCGGGAACAAGCUCUCGUACUACGUUGUGUUCCCAGAUUCCUGCGUUGUUCCCUCGAUCUUUUCACACGGCACUCGACUACAAUCUCUACACUGUACCACAAACACAUGCAGCAUCGAAACGCAAGUAUUGGCCUAGAGGAAAGAUGCUGGGCGGCUGUAAUCCUUCAGCUGGUGCUCUUCGUUACAGGUUCCACCACGGAGCGCCGUCCGACUACGAUGAAUGGGCUCAGCUCCAAAAGGGCCAAGAAGGUGCAGAAGAGUGGUCAUACCAACAGCUUCAUCGAUAUUUCAUGAAAUUUGAGACUUACAAUCCUAGCAAAGAACACGACCUAGUUGAUGUCCGUCUGCGUGGAUCAUCGGGCCCGGUUCAUGUGGGACACUUUGGGCACGUCUCCGAGCUCACACAUAAAUUCAUUAGAGCCUGCCAUAACGCAGGUGUCUGCUAUAAUCCCGAUAUUAAUACUUCCAAAGGAACAUUGGGAUCAACUGAGACCCCGACAUACAUAGACGCACGAAGGCGCCGGGUGACAACAGAGACCGCCUACUUAACACCGGCAGUCCUCGCAAGGAAAAACCUCACAGUGGCAACGAAGGCCAAGGUUCUUCGUAUAUUGUUCGAGCACAAGGGCAAUGCUGGAAAUACGGUCCCUCAUGCAGUUGCCGUGCAAUAUGCGAAUGAACGAGGUAAGGUCUUCGAAGUGAAAGCGCGGAGGGAAGUAGUCUUGGCUGCUGGCGCAGUACACACACCUCAGAUACUGAUGCUCUCAGGCGUCGGUCCAGCCAAUCACCUCGUUUCGCACGGUAUACCCGUCGUAGCUGACCUCCCCGGCGUCGGCUCCCAUCUCAUGGACCACGGCAUAGUGAGCUUCUAUUUCAUGGACAGGAGCAAGGCAGAUAUAUCCGCCCUGACGGUAUCUGACAUCCGCGGCAUCCCACGGCCGUCGCUCGCAUUCAAGCUCGCGCGCGCGGCACUUCAAUAUUACAUGUCUGGUACGGGCCCGUUUGCCGGUAACAUUGCUGAGGCCAUGUCAUUUGCACGUUCUGACGAUCCCAAGCUUUUCCCUCAUGACGUAUUUCGGAAUGCUGGUAGGGCGCAACUAGAAGACACGACUUCCGGAGCGAAUGCGCCGGAUAUUGAAGUGCUCUUCACUCCGCUGGCGUAUAUGGAGCAUGGGGACGUUCCGUUCCCGAUUAAGGGACAUCAUUUCGGGUUGAAUGCCAUUCUGUUAAGACCGACAAGUAUGGGGACUCUGCGGUUACAUUCGGCAGAUGCAUAUGACGCGCCUGUCAUUGAUCCAAAGUACCUUUCGACCUGCCACGACGUGGACGUCUUCGUGCGAGCCGCACGCCUUGUCUCGCGCAUUGCGCAGAGAGAGCCCCUUGCAUCACUGGUCGAUCCCGCGGGAGACGACAUCCCGCUGCUGAACCACAAAAUGGACAGGCAGAGUGACGCUGAGAUUGAGGCACUCGUGCGUGACCGUGUGCAAACACUCUACCACCCUACUUCGACCGCGCGUAUGGCGCCUCGCGCAGACGGCGGUGUUGUGGAUCCGUUCUUACGCGUGCACGGUGUCCCGAACUUGCGGGUGGUCGACGCGUCAAUGUUCCCCACGAUCCCGUCAGGACAUACGUCCGCACCUGUUAUUGCUGUUGCAGAGAAGGCAGCGGACAUGAUCAAGGAGACUUUGAUAGGCCAUCACCUGUCCUCCGGAGGCCGUUGA